CAAACUAUUCCUUGCUGCAAGGGUAUGUUGGGAUGAGGAGAUUGACCUUUACCACAUGAAUGAAGGCUGAAGAUAAUGGCCACUGGCUCCAAUGUCUGAGGAUGAUCAGAAAAUUCCGCUAUUAUUUCCAGCAUCCAUGGAGUCGCCUGUGUGUGGCCUACUUGGUGAUUUUCUUAAAUUUCCUCAUUUUUGCCGAAGAUCCGCUUUCACACAGUCAGACUCAGGCCCGGGUAAUUGUCGUUGGAAACUGCUUCUCCUUUGUACUAAAUAAAUACCCCAAAGGAGGAUGGAUCAUCCUAAAGGUGCUGCUGUGGCUACUGGGCAUUGCCGCUGGGCUGCUAGCAGGAAAAUUCCUCUUCCAUCAGCAAAUGUUUGGUCAGUUACUUCGACUGAAGAUGUUUCGAGAGGAUCAUGGCUCCUGGAUGGUGAUGUUCUUUUCCACUAUUCUGUCCCUGUUCAUCUUCUCUAAUAUUUACAACAUGUGCCUCACACUCGAUGGAAACAUGAGUAUGUACCUCAUCACUGAACACAUGGGCAUAAGAAACGAGACCUUCAUGAAGUUAGCAGCAGUCGGAACCUGGAUGGGAGAUUUUGUCACCGCGUGGAUGGUAACGGACAUGAUGCUUCAAGAUGAAUUGUAUCCCGAUUGGGGAAAGACUGCUCGAGCUUUUUGGAGAAAAGGAUAUAACAGGAUUGUCUUGUUCUGGUCAGUGCUGAUCUCCCUGACAUCUGUUGUUGUUAUUGUCAUUACCACUGACUGGAUCAGUUGGGACAAGUUGAACCGAGGAUUUAUGCCAAGUGAUGAAGUCUCCAGAGCUUUCCUGGCCUCGUUUGUCCUAGUCUUUGACCUCCUUAUAGUCAUGCAGGAUUGGGAAUUUCCACAAUUCAUGGGAAAUUUGGAAAUCAACCUUCCUGGUCUGCCCAUCUCACACAUUCGAUUACGACUCCCUCACUUCAAGAGAAUAUUCAAGGAUGAGUAUCAUAUCCACAUCACAGGUAAAUGGUUUAACUAUGGAAUCAUCUUUCUGGUAUUGAUUUUGGAUCUGAAUAUGUGGAAAAAUCAGAUAUUUUACCAACCGUAUGAAUACGGCCAGUAUGUGGGGCCUGGUGAGAAAAUCUAUACAGUGCAAGAUGCCGACUGCUUAAAGGAUUUAAAUAAAACUACUCUCAGCUGGGAAUGGAGGUCCACUAAUAUUAGCCCUUUGACUAACAAGACCUACACCCACGGUGAUCUAUUUUUGUAUAGCAGGUUUGUAGGUGCCAACUUGGGGGUCAAGUGUCUCGCUUUUGUCCCAAGCAUCUUGGCAUUUAUCUUGUUUGGGUUCUUCAUAUGUUUCUUUGGAAGAUUCCAGAAAAAUGAACAAAUUAAGGAUAAGCCUGGUAGCUCGUAUGUAAAGAUUAAGACAAAGACACUUUCUCAACAUAGCAAAGUUUCACAUUUGGCUGCAGACGAUGCAAUUGUUAUACAGGAAGAGCCUGAGAAGAUGAAUGAUGACUAUUUUGUUUCCACAGAGGUUACAUUACCUAAUCAACACAAUAUCACCUCAGGUUUAUCUACUGAGGAUCAGUGCGCUUUCAACCAGGGGCCACAGAGUAAUGAUAUAACUGAGACUAGGUGAGAGAACUGAGUCUAAUAUCUCCUCUGUGAACCUCUGUGUUCCUUAAGCAAAAGCAUUGGCUGAUCUACAUAUCCAAAUGCAAUUUUAAAACAAGCGCAGGCCUUAAGUAGAUUUUUAACCUUUUCAUUUUUACAGAUUUAUAGACCUUUUUACAUUUUGUGUUGGUGUACUUUUGACUUGAAAAUCACAGUCCUAGAUAACAAAGAAAAUGCUAACCAAAUUAUUUAAGUGGUUCUUCUGUUGUAGAAAAGAAAUCCCCAUUCUUUUUAAUAAGUAUAUCGUGCCUACACCUAGACAUUUCUUAAUGUCUUGCCUUCCACAAUUGCACACAGUUUGCUUCAAUGCUGUAUUGAAUUGUACUGUAAUUUAGUCUCUGUCUCUAACACGAGGGUAAGAUGUUAAGUACUUGUGUUUGUCGUGCCUUGAGAACUUCCAUUUUUAUUCUACUUGAUGAAUUUUAAAAUCGAUAAGAGGUCUUCAUAUUUACAAAUAAACCCGUAGCUGUU